AUUCUCGGGAUUACUGAGAAAAACCAUUUGUAAUAAGUGUUGCUCAUUUACAUAUGGAAAGGCAACACAAAUCCGUUCUUUACAAGUUAGCCUUGUCAUUUAAAACAUUAAAGGAAAAAACAAAUCGAGAAUAAAAUACGACGAAGCUUCGAGGAAAUUCCUCAGAGAUCUGACGAUAUAUACCACAUGCAAGGCUACUCAGUACUCUCACAGGCUAGAAAGUGGAGCAAGAUCAGUCGGUGGCUGAUUGUUUCUGUUGCAAAUUUGAGUCUUCAAAUUCUUAAAUUUAAUUACUAGAGAGCUUUAACAACAAUGGCUGGGAUAGAGCCGUGGAAUCAUGUCGAGAAUGGCGGAGGCGGAAACACCAUUAAGGGAACCAGCAGAGAAAUUAAACACGGUCGAACGGCUCAUAAUAUGUCAUCAUCCUCCCUGAGAAAGAAAUCUAGUCUUUCUCUUAUUCAAAAAGUUAAAAUCGGACCCUUGAGACAGUUUUUAACUAAUCUUCAAGAAGUCAUUCUUGGCACCAAGCUUUUUAUUCUUUUCCCUGCCAUUCCAUUAGCCUUUGUUGCCAAGUAUUGUCAUUUCGGAGAUGCAUGGGUAUUCGGAUUGAGUUUGGUGGCACUUACGCCACUCGCCGAACGCCUCAGCUUUCUCACCGAGCAAAUUGCAUUUUACACAGGCCCGACAAUUGGAGGACUUCUUAAUGCAACAUGUGGUAAUGCGACGGAGCUUAUAAUCGCAAUAUUUGCAUUGUACACCGGGAAAAUAGACGUCGUCAAAUACUCGCUUUUGGGUUCCAUUCUUUCGAACCUACUUCUUGUUCUUGGCACUUCUCUUUUCUGCGGUGGUCUGGCCAAUCUCAACAGCGAGCAAAGAUACGACAGAAAGCAAGCGGACGUGAAUUCAUUACUGUUGUUGAUGGGUCUGCUAUGCCAUUCAUUGCCAUUAAUGUUCAGAUAUGCUUCUACAUCCAGCACUGACCUUACAGCUAAUCCAAUCUUAACAAUGUCAAGAGUGAGCUGUAUUAUCAUGCUUAUCGCCUACAUUGCAUAUCUUUUCUUCCAAUUGAAGACUCAUCGACAACUUUUCGAAGCACAAGAGGGAGACGAUGACGACUUGGCAUCCGAGGAAGAGGCAGUGAUUGGAUACUGGAGUGCAUUUAUUUGGCUCGCUGGUAUGACUGUGGUCAUCGCUUUUCUAUCUGAAUUCGUUGUUGGCACGAUCGAGGACGCAUCGGAAUCUUGGGGAAUUUCAGUCAGUUUCAUCAGCAUAAUCUUGUUACCGAUUGUAGGAAAUGCAGCUGAGCAUGCUGGUGCCGUUAUAUUCGCAUUUAAGAAUAAGCUGGAUAUUACUUUAGGUGUGGCCUUAGGUUCUUCUACUCAAAUUUCUAUGUUUGUGAUUCCGUUGUGUGUGAUCGUUGCUUGGAUCAUGGGUAUCGAGAUGGAUCUUGAUUUCAACCUCCUUGAAACUGGUUCUUUAGCGCUGUCAGUAAUUAUUGCAGCAUUCACCUUACAGGAUGGUACUUCACAUUACUUGAAAGGAUUGGUUCUUCUGCUUUGCUACUUCGUCAUUGCGGCGUGUUUCUUUUUCCUGAAAUCUCCAGUUACUGAACCAACAAAUUUUAUCAACAUGAGAGUUGGAUCAGCAGUAUCAACUGCAACAAACCUAGAAGCUUAACAAGCAAGUUGCCCUUGGGAUUUAUUGAUCAACUCCACGACAUGUGUGACUAUCCGCCAAUGUUGCAAUACCUACACACACCAUCAUAACGUCUCAUGUCCGGUUGUGGUCGUGAAAGAAGAAUUCGCCGUACAUUAUUUCAUUCUUAUAUACAGUAUGAAUUUACAUUUAAGCUUUACCUUUUUUAUAUGUAAUGUGUUCUUAGUUUCCCAAUCUUUGGAGGAGAGAAUUUGGAAUUCAUCAUCAUCCAUGUAUCAUCGGGGGAAGGAGCGAGAGCUAGGCUUAGCCAAGAAGUAUUAAUGAUAGAUGUCAUAUGUGACCUCUUUGAAAAGUUUAUUUGUGGAGGUGAUAUCUGAAAACAUUUUGAAAUUCAUGGACAGCUUCCUUCUCUCGCUUGCUCCUGCUACUACAAGAGGGGGUUGAUUUUUCAGAAUUGUACUACUUCAUGCCAUAUCGCGGUGAAUAAAUAAAAGAAAGCUAGUUUCGCAGUCUAGUUUCUAUAUUAGUUCA